AUGGCAGUAUCUCUCAACAGUUUCUCCUGUCUGAGAGCAGAAAUGAGCAUCCUAGAAACCAACCAGUACUUGCGCUCCCAGCUGGCAAAAAGCAAUCAGCAACUCCAAGACCUCACAGAGAAGUUCCUUAUAUCCAAAGCUACUGUCUACUCCUUGGCCAUCCAUUUGCAGAAAUAUAAAUGUGAAGAGUACAAAGACCUCAUUGAAUCUGUGCUUGGGGAGAAGCCAUGGUUUGAGGAGGUUGAGCAGGCAGAAAAUCCAAGACUAGCUGCAAGGCUUGGAAAAUACGAUUUUCUAAUUCAGGCUCAGGCCCGAGAACUGAUCCACUUACGACAAAAGAUACAAGAAGGAAGAGGUAUCUGUGACCUUUUCACCCAGCAUGCAAAGAAAACUGUCAAGUCCUUUGAAGUUCUCCUCAGAAGCACUGGCAUUGCCUACCACCAAGGACAGAGAUUCUGUGAGCAACUGGCCCAAGGAAGCCAGCUUGUAGAAAGCCUCACCAGCAAGCUCACCACAGAAAAUCAUAAUGAUAAGAGGGAUGAAGAUGGACAAGAACCACUGGCCUCGAGGCUUAUUAGGGAGCACCAGGAGGAGGAAGUGAACGAAGUCCUGGAAGAAUCACUAGAUGAACGAUAUUUGACUCAUUCCAGUUGCCAUGACCUAUUUGACUCCCAACAGCCUCCAAGUAGCACCUCCUUCUUUUUUGAUGAGUAGGAAACCAGCUGUGCUCUAGAUGUAGCUGGUAAAAUAAAUGCUGGAACUAUGAAAAGAUCUUGUUUAAUUUCAAAAAAUAUUACUCACAAGCAGCAAAUUCCCUG